AUGUCGCCUCAAAGCCCCGAGAAAGCAUUCAGCAAUGGCGUUGCUGUGAUCACAGGAGCUGGAGGAGGGUUGGGCUCCGGCCUCGCACGUCAUAUUGCCUCCUUCGGAAUGACCGUCAUUAUCGCCGACAUCGAUCUUAAACGUGCCGAGGAAGUCGCUUCUGGUAUCAAAGCCGCAAAUGGAAAAGCCGAGGCCAAGGCCGUCGACGUAUCGCGGCCAGACGAGUUGGAUGCACUCGCUGAACACGUUCACAAUCGUUACGGAGAUGUUCAACUGCUUAUCAACAACGCGGCGAUUGAGACGCUGGGUCCAUUGUGGGAGUUAUCUUCCACGCGCUGGGAGACUACCUUGAACGUCAACGUUCACGGUGUUAUCCAUGGUGUUCGGGCCUUUCUACCUCGUAUGAUGGCUUCAGGAAAGGUAUGCUGGAUCGCCAACGUUUCGAGCGUCGGGGCAUUCACCACUAUCCCAGGCCAGUCAGCAUAUGCCGUAACAAAGCAUGCCGUUCAAGCUUUCACUGAGUCAUUGCGCGUGGAACUGAUGUCUCGAAAGGCGCCAAUACAUGUGAGCUCUGUCAUUCCGGGACUGUUGAAUACUGGUAUCUUCGACCGUGCUCAGCAUGAUGAUUCUGCGGUUGAUCCGGCUUGGGAGAAACAUCGAAAGUCAAUGGCUGAGUUGGCACGGGAGAAGGGAAUGGGUAUUGAUGAAGCGAGCCGUUUGAUUGUGGAACAAAUCGCAGCUGGGAGGCUCUGGGUUUGUACCCAUCCAGAUAUCAUGGCUGAGAUUUUACAACAGAAGAUCGAGUACUAUAAGGACCAAGCAGAGCCUAAUGUCCCCCCAGCAUAG